AUGGCAGCGUACCGACUUCGAGGGCGCGAGUUCCGUACAUCAGGCCGAAUCACUGGCUCCCUGCGCUUUGGCGCUGCCGUGGCGUACAGCUGUACGGCACUUUUCGGCUGGGUCAGCAACAGCAAAAUGACAAGCAGUAGCUCAGUUGGUAGCAAGUUUUGGCUCCUCCUGUGGAAAAACUGGUUGUUACAACGACGUAAAAAGCUUCAGACUGUGAUAGAGGUAGUCCUGCCAGUAGUCUUUUGUAUACUACUAGUCAUCAUUCGUGACUUAGCACCAUCAGAUAAUUUCCCAGAGCCUACCUUCUUCAAGCCAUUUUCCAUCGACGAAUUGCCGGUCAACCUAACACCAUCUGUUGGACCUGGACUUUUCGAUGAUAUUGCUGACUCCAUUCUGGGAGAUGUAUCUAGGAGGCGGCGACGUGACCUCAGACGGCAUGAUGGCCUGACUCCAGAUCUACUUUUAAAACAAGCGAAUGUUCGCCAGACAUUUCAGUCACAAAGAAACAAGAUGCGUCUAAGAAGAAAUACAAGAAGAAAGAGAUUUAUAGAUUUCUUUGGGUUUGGUGAUUUUUUUGGGAGUUCUUGGUGGCCUCUUGCAUAUGCCCCAAACAACACAGCUGUUAAUAGAAUCAUGUUGAUUGUUGCCGACCGAAUAUCUGUCAAUGUUGAAGGAUAUGGCUUUGCCACUGAAAGGGACCUCGUUGAGCACCUCACAAAGGUUUCAAAGAAAGGAGACAAAGAGCAGCUGGACCUUUCUGGUAUAGAGGAUGUGCUGGGAGCUGUUGUCUUUACCAACAACUUUCCAGGCCCAGAGACAUUACCAGAUGAUAUUGCGCACGAUUCCAGCGACCAUCCGUAUUACAUCAUCAGCAAUGGUCGAUUCUUCAGAGAUCAACAAUAUUACCCUAUUUCCUCGCACAACUUCAACUACUUCUUCCAAUCCUGGCAAAACUGCAGCACAAUACAAACGUAG